AUGGUUGACAGCAACGCAAAUGGUAUUGACGAAUCAGCAAUUGAAACAUUAACAGAACUGGGUUUUAAUAAAGAUCAAGCACUUGAUGCUUUACUGAAACAUAACAACAUUGUUGAUAGAGCUGCUGAUUACCUUUAUUCCAAUACAGAUUCAGAUAUUCCUAACUUAACUUCAUUAACUUCAUCUGAUCCAAAUAAGCAAAAUAAUUGGGGAGAUUCUGCAACCCCCAGAAACAAUGACGAAUGGGAUCCAGAUGUAAAGACUGCUAUUGCUGCUUCUAUGGCAGAUCAAGAGGAGCAAUACAGGAGAGCUGUGCAUGCAAGUUUGACCAAUUCUGCCUCACCUAAUCCGAUGGAAACUUCAUAUUCAAAUUCAAGAUAUCAAUCAUCCUCUGAUAAUUUCGAUUCUAAAAAUUCUGCUAAUGGUGAUAGUUCUCAAUCAAACAAUUCCGAUCAAAAUUAUAUUAAUGGAUGGGGUGAUUUUAUUGAUCCGGAACAACCAAUGAAACGACAGAAGUUAGAUACAACACCUCUUGGAUUAAGACCUACAUUUGAUUCACAUUAUGUAACUUCAAUUAUUCAAGCUUUAUUUCAUAUUCCAAUAGUUCGUUUAUCUAUAUUGAAAUUUACACCAACAAGAGAAUCUUGGGGUGAAGUGGAAGGUUAUUGGAAAGGAAAAGCUCAAAAUUUAUCGAUUACAGAUGAUGACUAUUAUGGUGAUCCUGAAUUUAAUAAUGACAGAAAAUAUACUUUAAUAUGUAUUCAAAGAACAUUUGGUGAUGUGACUCCUGUGAUGAGUGCCAUUGGAAUGGAUGAGAUCAUUUGUGGAUGGGAUCAUGCCACGAAAAUAUCUUAUCGUGCUAAUACAGUUUAUUUAGCCAUUGAUGCCUUUUUAUCCAAAACAGAUGAAACUUUUUAUCAAAAAGAUUUCUUUGGAUCAUUAUCCAAGAUUCUGAUUAUGACUGUAAACAAUAAACCUGAAUAUAAUGAUACUAAUUCAUCCAAUUAUAAUAAUCAAGGGUUUCAAAUUGAUAAAGAAAUUUAUAUGGAUCGUUAUUUAAUCUCUAAUGCUAGUGAAGUUGAAGACUGUUUGAUGAAAUCUGGUGAUAUAAAGCGUGAAUUGGAACAAUUAAAUAAAAAAAUUAACAACAUAACGAAUUUUCAAGAAAGAUACAAUGGCCAAGAUUUACUUAAAAGUUCAAUUAAGCUUUAUCAUAAAGCAAAAGAAAAUGGUGUAUUUGAUGAAAAGGCACAGAAAACUUGUGCAUUCUUGGAAAAAGCAUUGGAACAAACUGAAAAAAAAAUAGCCUCAUUGCUUGAAAGAAAAGACAAAUUGGAAUUGAAGCUUAAACAAAUUUAUGAAACACCUAAUAUGAAAAAUCAUCUUUAUAAUCUCCGAUCUGUUCUAAUUAAUGAUAAUAUUAUAGGUGCCGAUCAUUUUUGGGCAUACAUAUGGGUUUCCAACUCGAAUAAACCUAUAGGAAAAUUUAGCACUUCAAUUGGUGGCUGGUGGAAAUUCCGUAAUAUGAAAGUUGAAGAGGUUACCGAAGAAGCGGUAUUAAAUAAUCUUACUUCUGGUGGUAUUUAUACUCUGAUUUAUGUUGCUGCUGAUGUAGAUUAUAAUUUCUCAAACAUAUCAGAUGCCAUCCCAUAUUCACUAAAGGAAUUUAUUGAAAAAGAUAAUGAAUUAUUAAGUCAAGAAACACAAAAUCAUUUCCGAGACAGAGAAACAUCACAAGAACAAUAUAAUCAAUACUCUCAAUCAGAAUUUUCUUCUGGAACUGGUGAGGCUUGGAGGAACAAUAGCGCCUUGAAAAAUGAUCCGAUGAUGUGUGGUGAUAGUGAUCUAAACGAUAUUAAUAAUGGGAUUGAGUUUACGAAAAAUUAG